CUCCCGGGAUGGAGCCCUCGACCGGCACCGAGAGCGCCCGCCUGGUCAGCCCGCGGGGCGGCCGCGCCGACGGCAGCCUGCGCCUCAAGAGUCUCUUCACAGGCUCUGGAGAUCCCUCAGCACCGGCGGCCCCAGAUCCGCGCUGCCGCUGCAGCCCCCCGAGCCCCAGCCCCGGGCAGGGCCGGCUCCAGGCCCGCCGGCAGCUGAGCGUCGCCUGCGCCGUCUGCUGCCUCUUCAUGGUCGGGGAGGUGAUAGGCGGAUACCUGGCACACAGCCUGGCCAUCAUGACGGACGCAGCCCACCUGCUGACGGACGUGGGCAGCAUGUCCGUCAGCCUCUUCUCCCUCUGGGUGUCCAGCCGCCCGGCCACCAAGACCAUGACCUUCGGCUGGCACCGCUCGGAGACGCUGGGUGCGCUGGCCUCCGUGCUCUCCAUCUGGGUUGUGACCGCGGCCCUGGUCUACCUGGCGGCCGCCCGCAUCAUCAGCAACGACUACGAGAUCGAGGCGCGAGCCAUGCUGGCCACAUCGGCCUGUGCCGUCGGUGUCAAUCUGGUCAUGGCCUACAUCCUGCACCAGUCCCCUGCUGGCCACGGCCAUGGCACAGGGGCCUACGAGCGGCUGGAGAGCUCAGCGUGCUGCCAGCCCAGCCCCGUGCCCGGCAGCACCAGCGUGCGGGCAGCCUUCGUCCACGUGGUGGGUGACCUGCUGCAGAGCGUCAGCGUCCUCGUGGCUGCCACCAUCAUCUACUUCAAGCCCCAGUGCAAGAUCGCAGACCCCAUCAGCACCCUCUUCUUCUCCGUCUUCGUCCUCGGCUCCACCAUCACCAUCCUCAGAGAUGUCUUCAUGGUCCUCAUGGAAGGGGCCCCGCGGGGGCUGCACUUUGACGCGGUGAAGGAGGCGCUGCUGGGAGCCCGCGGCGUGCGGGGCGUCCACGACCUGCACCUCUGGGCGCUGACGCUGAACCACGCCGCCGUGUCGGUGCACGUGGCCGUGGAUGCCGGCGCUGACACGGAGAUGGUGCUGCAGGAGGUCACUGCCCGGCUCCAGAGCAGGUUUGGCUUUGCCCUGUGCACGGUACAGGUGGAACAGCACCAGGAGGAGUCAGCAGGCUGCUCCCACUGCCAGGACCCCCGAACCUGAGACCCCCACCUACUGCUAUGUUGGGCCAGAUGUGGCCCUGGCCCCAGCUCCUUGUGCUAGAGCAGGGCAGUGCUUGAGAUCCCAUCUCCCCUCUACCCACCCCACUGCUGCUGCAGAGCCCUGGGGUGGGACAGUGACUCCAGUGUGGUGUCCUGGGGGGACAGACACAUGGCCUGGCCUGUGGAGCACAGGGGCCCCCUGGA